AUGCCAUCCGCCACACGCCCAAGCCUGCCCCCCUGGACUCCCCCCCAGCCCACCCGCGAAACAGACCUCGAAUGGGCCCCCCUAACCACCUUGGACCUAUCCCAAAUCACAGGUCCGGACUUGACCUCCGUACCCCCCUCCCUCGUCUCCUCCGUAGGCGAAGCUUUCCACCGCGACGGAUUCAUCUAUGCCAUCAACCAUGGUCUUUCCUGGUCUGAAGUUCUUCGCCAGUUCGCCAUUGGUCAGUACGCCUUCAAGGGCGUAUCUGAAUCCGACAAAGCUCGUUACAAAGCUGACAUUCUCGCCACAGGCUCCUUCGUAGGUUACAAGGAGCAAGGGCAUUGGAAGCUUAACGGCGUUAAAGACCGCAUCGAACAGCUCAACUUUGGAUCUCAAUCCUUCGCUCCUGAGAAAAGGGAAAAGCUUUUCCCACCUUCGCUGCAAGAUUUCAUCCCUGAGAUUGAGCAGUUCGCAAGGUUCAACCACGCAGUUAUCCUUCGAAAGGUUCUCAGCGUGCUUAGUUUGGUUCUUAAGCUUCCGGCGGAUUAUCUUUGGAACUUGAGUAAGGAACCCGAGAAGAGGGGAUUGGAUCUGUUGAGAUAUGCAAUCUAUCACACACCGGAUCAACAAGAUGAUGAAAAGUUGGGCGGGGUCAGGUUGCAAGGUCAUACAGAUUUCAAUUCUGUCAGCAUCCUUUGGAGCCAACCUAUUACCUCGCUAGAAGUUCUCAUGCCAGACAACAAAUGGCGUUUGGUCAAACACCGAGACAAUGCACUCGUAAUCAACCUUGGCGAUGCCAUGCACUUCCUUUCCGGUGGAUACCUCAAACAAACCAUUCACCGCGUAGUUGCACCACCUGCAGACCAAGCUCACUAUACCAGACUAGGUAUCUUUUACUUUGCACUCUUCAACGACAACGUAUCUCUAGAACCACUAGAACAGCAGAGCGAGGUAGUAAGAGAAGCAUACAAAAACAAAAAGCAACUAGACGGAAAAGGCUUCUGGGACCAUCUCAAGCAGAAGCGCCAAAACGUUCCCACAGCCGGAGAUUGGGAAAGGCUGAGAGUCAAAGCGUAUGGACAGCAACAUGCUAAGAAGGCCGAGGAUGGGCAUGACGUUGAAGAGAUUGCUGGACAGAAGGUGCUAGGGUAUAACGGAGAGAGAGUCAAGCCCAAACAUCAGCAGAUUCAACAGUCGGCUUCGGUUAAGGCCAACUGA